CUUGGGGUUGGGAUGAUGCAACCGCCCCCUGGGGCUGGUAUCAUGUAUCAUGUAUGUACUGCACUGACUGACUCUCCUCUCAAUCCUUGCGAGGCUCUCAGGUAUAUAGGAGUCGAAGCUCCUCUGCUCAUUCAAACAUUUCCUCAUUCUCAGCAUCCACUCAACAACUACUACAACUACAAUCGCUACACCAACACUCGUUUAAACCCGAUCUAAUUCUCUUCAAACUCUUCUACCAACAACCAAACAACCUAAAACCACCAUCAAAAUGCACGCUUCCGUUGCCGUCCUCGCUUUCGUCGCUGUUGCGGCUGCUGCCCAGACCCCUGUGGCUCCCGUUGCUACUCCCGUUGCUACUCCCGGUGCCCCCACCAACGGUACUAAGCCCGGCUCUGGCUCUGGCUCUGGUUCCGGCUCCGGCUCCGGCUCCGGCUCCGGCUCCACCCCCGCCAACGGCGCUGCUGCCCUCGGCCUCAGCGGUCUCGCUGGUGCUCUCGCUGUUGCCCUUGCCCUGUAAAUUUCGACAUACGGAACUUGUGCAGGGUUUGGUGGAUAUGAGGACAUGAUGCAUUCUGAUGCAUAGUCCUGGAGGAACCGUGCUGGUGCGCGUUUAACUUUCGAUGGAGAUAGAUCGGGAACUUUUUGUCCUGACUAGAAUAGAUAGACCAAUGGAGCGAGAUCACCUCCAGCUAUAUUAAUACUAAUCGCAUACCACCAUUUUCUGGUUUUUUUUACUUUCGUGAAAUAUAGUGUGUCUCUUUUACUACCCAGCUCACUUGAGCCUCAAGCUUCCUGCUUAUCUCUGGAAGCUUGGCAGGAACCCUGAACCAACGGAGUAAUGGCGGCAAAUUUAUUUGCGGCAUGCCGUUUGUGUUGCGCUCUUAUCUAAACUGGCUGGGGCCUCAAUUCCUUCCUCCCUGCCCGUUGCCCUUGUAAAUUGGCUGAUUGUGGCGGCGACACAGUACGUUGAACCAGUA